AUGAGUGUGCUCUAUCAUCCGGGUAAGUCCAAUGUGGUGGCUGUCGCACUAAGUAGGUUGUCUAUAGGUAGUGUGGCUUAUCUGAAGGAGGAAGAACGAGAAUUAGCCAAGGAGGUGCAUAGAUUAACCCAUUUGGGAGUUCGUUUGAUCGACACUGAUGAUGGGGGAAUAGUAGUUCAAAAUGGUUCGAAAUUAUCUCUGGUAAUGGAAGUGAAAGAAAAGCAGCAAAAUGAUCCAAUACUUAGCCAUAUAUUGGGGGCAGUUCAAUUGCAGAAGGUUGAGAUAGCUCUGUUUGAAUCACUAUACGGGCGUAGGUGUAGAUCACCUAUAGGAUGGUUUGAGGUUGGAAAAGCGGCAUUUAUUAGGCUGGAUUCUAUUCUUGAGGCUAUAACUAAGGUUCAGUUAAUUCGUGAAAGGUUAAAGACUGAUCAUAGUUAUCAAAAGUCGUUUGCUGAUGUGAGAAGAAGGGAACUCGAGUUUGAAGUAUGUGAUUGGGUAUUCCUGAAAGUAUCACCUAUGAAAGGGAUAAUGAGAUUUGGAAAAAAGGGAAAGUUGAGUCCGCAGUUUGUAGGUUCAUAUGACAUAGUAAAGCGCAUUGGAGAGUUGGCUUAUGAAGUGAAUCUUCCAUCAGAAUUAGUUGCGGUUCAUCCAGUGUUCCAUGUCUCAAUACUUAAGAAGUACAUUGGAAACCCAUCAUUAAUAGUUCCCAUAGAGAGUAUUAAGGUCAAGAAUAACCUAUCGUAUGAGGAUAUUCAUGUUGAGAUACUUGAUAGGUAG